UCUGGAGUUUCCAUUGCAACGGUGUUUGUGUGGGGUGAGUAACACAUGUAUUUGGCUGGCCAGAUAAUCGGGACUCUAGUUAUGACCGGGACUGCGCGGAUCCGAGCUAUAUACAGAUAUGAUACAUACUACCUAUCUAUCAGCUAGCUCUAAGAUAGCUCUUAGAUAGCUUCUCUCUUCGCUCAAACUUGCCAAUCUUGACUUCGUAAUUCAGCCUAUUUCGCGAACCCACCAACAAACAUUUCUCUUUCACAUCAUUACGAUAUGGCAACUCUUCUUGAUCGCAACCCGAAUCCUGACAAUUACUAUGCCAGCCUCAUUCAGGGGCAGAAAUUCGCAGUCAUACCGGAGCUCGUCCUCGACUCGGGCGAGAUACUAGAAUCUUGCCCGAUCGCCUACAAGACAUGGGGACGACUUAAUGAAGCUCGAGACAACGUCUUGGUUAUCUGCCACGCUCUCACAGGCAGCAGUGAUAUCAGUGAUUGGUGGAGUCCACUCCUUGGUCGCGGCAAGGCGUUCGACCCGGCGCACUUUUUCAUCUUCUGCGCCAACGUCCUCGGGUCACCUUACGGGAGCGCAUCGCCCCUUACAGUUGAUCCUCGGACGGGAAGGCAGUACGCCAGCGAAUUUCCGCAGACGACGGUUCGCGACGAUGUGAGAACACACAAGCAUGUCCUCGAUGCCCUAGGCGUCCGAUCCGUAGCCGCCGUAAUCGGAGGUUCGAUGGGCGGCAUGACGACGCUCGAGUGGCCGCUCUGCACAGCUCCCGGGUAUGUCAGGAGUAUCGUGCCGAUCGCGACGGCGGCCGACCAUAGUGCCUGGGGCAUAUCGUGGGCGGAGGCGCAGCGCCAGUGCAUCUAUUCUGACCCCAGGUUCGACGACGGCUACUACGAACCGCGGCCCGAGGGCCAGCCAUCAGCUGGUCUGGCCGCCGCGCGCAUGGUAGCCAUGCUCACGUACCGCUCGUGCAUGAGCUUCGACGAGCGAUUUGGCCGCAAGCCACCGCGCCAGCAGCAACAGCAGAAGCCGAGGACGGUAACGGAGCCACCGCUCGACCUUCCGCGAACGGACGUUCCGGGCGUCGCGUCCACGGCCACGGCUAUGGCGGCACCGGGCGACGCCAGGGAGCGCGCGGAACGCAAGGGCUGGGCCGCGAGGCGCGACCCUUCCUUCUCCGCGCAGGGGUACCUGCACUACCAGGGGCAGAAGUUUAUUUCUCGGUUCGACGCCAACUGCUACCUGCACAUCACCAACAAGAUGGACGCGCACGACGUGACGCUCGGCAGGACACCGGCAUCAACGCCCGUAUCGGACCGAGACGACACCGCGCUGCGCGAGGUCCUAGCGGUAGUACCGGCGGGCGCCCUCGUCGUCAGCGUCGAGACGGACGCGCUGUUCCUGCCCGAGCAGCAGGAGCGGCUCGCCAACUGCCUCCCCGAGGCCACGCUCGCGACGCUGCGGUCCUCGGAUGGCCACGACGGGUUCCUGCUCGAGUUCGAGCAGCUCACGGCGCUGAUCGUGGGCAAGCUGAGGAAGGACUUUCCGCAAUAUUACAGCGCCGCUACCUUCGACGACCCCGCCGAGGAGCAUACCGCGCAGCCCGGAGGCGCUAGUCUGACCGGCGAGGUGGAGGCUUGGUGAUUUGAUCGGCGAGGAGGAUCAUUGCGAGGGGUGGAUGGAGGAUGGCUUGUUCCAGUCAAGUGUUUGUACCGAUUUUGUAUACCCAAGCGUUUUUCUUUUACUGUUUUGGGAAGGGGAGUUUAGGGGGGAUCUUGUCGUUUUUAGUGCCAAUAUUCUAUGUAGGCUGUUUAUUAUUGAAUGUUCCCAUCAAUCUAUCGCAGGAGCAAUGUCACAGUAGGUACAUGCUUUGGGGUAUGAUGCCGCUUUGGGGACGGUGAGACUGAGGUAGCAUCACCCAUUUUUGGUCAUAUUACACCACAUAUGCCCUUUUUGGGUUACAGGUACAAGUCGACAAGAGACAUGACAGUGUCCUGAUGUAAUUCACUCCUGCAUCGGUGGCUUCUGCGGCCUCAGGAGGGGGGGGGCCUCUUGAUUUCUGUACAACGUAUACGUAGUUAUGCGGCCCAAGAUGACAGAAUCAUCUGGAACUGAGACCAUGAGGGAAAGAAAACUCCGGAGAGAAAAGCCACGG